AUGACUGGAGGGUUCACCAUAGCUCUGUCCUUUGCUCUCCAGUUCCAGAAGAUGGGUUCGUUCAGAAGGCCCCGACCUCGCUUCAUGAGCUCCCCGGUCCUCAGCGACCUGCCGCGGUUCCACGCCUCCCGGCAGGCUCUGCAGCUCAGCUCCAACUCUGCCUGGAACAGUGUUCAAACAGCAGUGAUAAAUGUGUUCAAAGGGGGAGGUUUGCAGAACAAUGAACUUUACACCCUCAAUGAAAAUAUCAGACGGCUGUUGAAGAGUGAACUUGGAUCCUUCAUCACAGAUUAUUUUCAGAACCAGCUCCUUGCAAAAGGCUUGCUGUUUAUAGAGGAGAAGGUUAAGCUGUGUGAAGGCAAGUACA